UCCGCUUCAUCGAUUAACGGAAAAAAAAUCAACAUUCAAUUGGACCCAGGAAUGCGAUUCCGCAUUUAUGUACAAGCUCAGUGUCGUCCUAUCCCGAUCAGAAGGGCAUGUUGAUUUUGGACAUUGAUGCAAGCAACAGUAUUGUUUCACAAAUUCAAAAUUUACAAGAGCAUGUCAUAGAGUACUAAAGCAGAACCUUAUCAAUGCCAGAACGAAAUUAUUGUGUCACCAGAAGAGAGUUGCUUGUCCUAGUAAAACCAGUCGAUCAGUUGCAUAUACCAAUACUGUUUGCUGAAAAAAGAUACCUACCUAGCUGAAAAAAUAUGACAAAUAUGCAUUUCUAGAUUGUUUUUCUAUUUAUAUUUUCUACAUAUUUUCUAAUUCAAUACUCAAUUAUAUUAUUGUACUGUUUAGUAAAAAGGCAGACUAAGCUAAAAAGGCUCAUUAUCUUCCUAGGGACUAAAGUAUAUAAUUUGCUUCCGCCGUUUAACAAACUACCCAAAUUAAUUUGGGCCUUCCUAUUUCUAAGCCUUGGCAAAUUGAGGUUCUUAUUAUCAAUUUUGCAAACACUUUUAGAAUCCUUAGCAAACAAUAUCCAAUGCUGAAUUUUCAAAUAAGUAAAAUUUCUUAUGUCAAAUUGAUCCCUUUUCCUUUUCGACCCUCUAGCAAAAUCCGUUCAAAGCAACAAAAGAAAAUUCGUCACGAUUAUUAAAUUUCACAUAUAAUUCGCUUUUGUAUGUGAUACAAAGGAGUUGGGAAAAUCGUCUGGAAAAUGGGCGACUUCUCAAACAAUGUAACCCGAUAGGGGAUGGAAAAUUAUUUUCGGCCGUAAUUUGAUAUCGAUAUCUAUAAAAUUACCUUAUUAUUAGAGAAACCAAUUUUUGGAUAUUUGAUAUGAAAAAGGUAUUUUCAUGGCUUGUUAUAAAGGGUGCAUUAAUUGAUAGAAUGGAUAUAAAUAACCCUUUUAGACUAGAGACAUUUUCUUUUAGUGCUUUUUGUGUCUAAUGCGCCAUGUCUUUGAAAAUAAGGUUUAGCUACAAGGAACUUAUAUUUUUCAGAUUUCUUUCUUAUGCAUUAUUAUUGAUUUUUGUCAUUGAAGCCAGUGAAGCAAAAUCCUUCAGGGAACCAGCCAAAUAUUGUGGUUCUAAACUUACCAAACAGUUGCACGAUUUUUGUGAAACAUUCUAUGGUCCAUCAGCAGAUCAUGGCACAAAUUAUGCAAUAACUGAUGAAUGUUGUAAAGAGCCUUGCAGUUUAUUGUAUAUUGUAUUAUCGUAUUGCAAAAAACCUAAACACAAAGCUUUGGCGAAUGUUUUUGGAAAAUCGGAACUGAAACUUUAUAGGAAUUUGAAGCAAAAUAUAACCGGCACUGUGUUGGAUGAAAUUAAAAUAAAUGGCAGUGCUUUGGUACCACCAAAAAAAGUUCGGAAGAAGAAACACGUUAGAAGAAAUAAAAGGACAUGUGCUUGUGAGAAAAAUAGAAUUAUGGAGGAAAAGAAAGUGAAAAUGCUUUUAUCCAGAAAAGUACCCAAACACAAUAUUGGUAUUGCAGAUUAUUACGAAAGUGAACCAUUACUUAUUGCAAAUUCAAUUUGAGCAAAUGUUAUCGCACUUUUAUUAGCUAAAUAUUUUGACACUGGUGUAGUUUUUUUACUUUUGUAUGUUUUAUUAAUAAAAAAUCACUUAUAUAAUCGC